AUGUCCAAAAUAUCUUUCUACUCUUUGGUGGUGCCUGAAAUAUGGAAGAGAAACUUCGGGCCGGAGGUGGACAUCUGGAGUGCCGGCGUCAUGCUCUACAUCCUCCUCUGCGGCGUCCCGCCCUUCUGGGGAGACAACGACGAGAAGAUCGCGCAGGCGAUCCUCCGCGGCGGCAUCGACUUCAACCGGGAGCCGUGGCCGCGGGUGUCCGGCAACGCCAAGGACCUGGUCUGGAGGAUGCUCGACCCGGACCCCUCCACCCGGCUCACGGCGAGGCAGGUCCUGGAGCACCCGUGGCUCAGGGACGCGGACGCGGCGCCCAACGUGUCGCUGGGCGACGCCGUGCGGGAGCGGCUGCAGCAGUUCUCCGCCAUGAACAAGUUCAAGAAGAAGGCGCUGGCCGUGGUGGCGCGCAACCUGCCGGUGGAGGAGCUGGACAAGUACGUGCAGAUGUUCCGGCUCAUGGACAAGGACCAGAACGGCAAUCUGUCGCUGGAGGAGCUCAUGGACGGCCUCCACAUCAACGGCCAGCCGGUGCCCGAGUCGGAGAUCUGGAUGCUCAUGGAGGCGGCGGACACGGACGGCAACGGGACGCUCGACUGCGACGAGUUCGUGGCGGUGUCGCUGCACCUCAAGAAGAUGACCAACGACCAGUACCUGGCGUCGGCCUUCAGCUACUUCGACAAGGACGGCAGCGGCUUCAUCGAGCUGGAGGAGCUCAGGGAGGAGCUGGGGCCCAACGACCAGGUCAUCCUCGACAUCAUCCGCGACGUCGACACCGACCAGCAGUGGGACGGACGCAUCAGCUACCAGGAGUUCGAGCUCAUGAUGAAGGCCGGCACAGACUGGAGGAACGGCUCGCGCCAGUACUCCAGGGCCAACUUCAACAGCCUCAGCCGGAAGCUCUGCAAGGACAUGUCGUGA